AGGACGCUCGUUGGGAUGCGUCGGUCAGCGGCUGUGCGUCGUCAUUGCGCGGCAAGUUGGCAGAGUUUCCAGAGUUCAUUCCGCUCGCGCCAGGGAAGCAGCGAGAAGGCGGAAGUCGAGCUGGCUGCCUCAACUCUCUUCCAGCGAUGGAGCAGGGGGAGUAGGGACCGAGAACCACCGAAACACCGGAUAACCUCCUCCAAACAGUCGCUACGGGGGGACGCGGAGACAUCCCUCUCACCCACUCCCUCUCCCUCCCCCAUGUCCAUUAUCUCAGGGUAUAAUUCAGAGCCGGAACGUGGUGGUCCUGAUGAUUCCAGUUCCAUGAAUUCCCUACGGAUCUCCGUACGAGGCCUUCCUGCCCUGGCCUUCAUGGCCGGCGCCACCUCUGACCCCCGCUUCCGCCUAAAAUGGAGGGCCAUCACCGUGGCAACACUCCUUGCCCUCGCCCUGCUGUUCUACCUGCACCAGACGACUGGGGUCGGAACUGGCGGCAAUGACGUCUUCGGCGUCUCCUCUGACCGCUUCCAUCACCACGGUAACGGGGCGCAAAGCUGGUGGACGAACAAUGACAAUGAAAUAAUAAACAAUAAUGGUAACCGUCAACCGGUGGCUGCAGUGGGAAACAACGGCGGCGUCAACUGGAAUAAUAAACACUACAACGACACAUAUCCUCUCAGUCCCCCGGAGAGGAUGGCGUCCGGGAGCAUCCGGUACCGUAUUGGGGUGAUCGCAGACUUGGACACGGCCUCAAUGAGCACCAAGGGUCAGACAUGGUUCAGCGUCAUGCGGAGGGGCCACCUGGUGGUGUCUGAGAGUGGGGACAGAGUGGAGGUGGAGUGGGACGCAGACAGCCUGACCCUGGAGAGCCACCUGGCUGAGAAGGGACGAGGUAUGGAGCUGUCGGAGCUGGUUGCGUUCAACGGUCACCUGUACAGCGUGGACGACCGUACAGGAGUUGUCUACAGGAUAGAGGGGAACCAGGCGGUACCCUGGGUUAUACUGACUGAUGGAGACGGGUCUGUCUCAAAAGGGUUCAAGGCGGAGUGGCUGGCGGUGAAGGAUGAGUGCCUCUACGUGGGUGGUCUGGGUAAAGAGUGGACGACCACUACCGGAGAGUUCAUCAACGACAACCCCCAAUGGAUCAAGGUGGUGGGUUACCGCGGCAACGUGCAACACGAGAACUGGGUACCGCGUUACAAUGCCCUGCGCAGCGCAGCCGGGAUUCAACCGCCAGGUUACCUGAUCCAUGAGUCUGCAGCGUGGUCCGACCGCCUCCAGCGCUGGUUCUUCCUCCCUCGCCGCGCCAGCUCCGAACGCUACGAUGAGAUCGCCGACGAGCACCGCGCCACCAACCUCCUCCUCUCCUGCCCCUCUGACUUCCGCGAAAUCACCGUGGGGCACGCUGGACCCCUCCACCCAACGCACGGUUUCUCCUCGUUCAAGUUCGUACCGGACACCGACGAUCAGAUCGUACUAGCGUUGAAGUCGGAGGAGGACGCAGGGAAGAUAGCGACGUACAUCCUGGCCUUUACUUUAGACGGGAGGAUGUUACUGCCAGAGACGAAGAUAGGAGACCUGAAGUAUGAAGGACUGGAGUUCAUUUAAAAUGGAUGGGGAGGAAAGAGAGAUCCUGAGGAGGGACUGGAGAGAGGGUAGAUUUUUAGAACUUACCAACAUCACCUACCUGUGGCCUGACACACCUGUGAAGUAGUGUGAUGAGGUAAGAGAACUCUGUUCCAGGAAGGGUUACGGUCCCAGUCAUCACCAACAAGGUUGUCCAGAGAAACGACUAGUGUUUGGUGACAGACACCCUAAGAUUCUUCACAUGGGCAACUUCCUACCCCCCCCCCCCCCCCCCCCCCAAGGAGUCUGGGUAAUGUAGUCCACUAAGUUUGGGUUUAAACAGACAGCCCAAUUCUGAUGUUUAUACCAAUCACAUCAGAUCUGACUGUUCAAAAUAAUUGUCUGCAUCUCUAAACGCAGCCUAAGAAGAUCUAUGGUUGAACAGUGGUCAAACGCUCACAGGGUUGUGUUCAAUAGGCACAAAUCAGAAAGAAACGUUUCAAAACUGAGCAUUCAUUACCUGAAGUUUUCCGUUAUAAUGUAUUUAUCUUUUUACGUUUGUGCCUUCUGAAGAGGACCCUUGUUAACACUAACUCACAAAUGUAAAACUUAGAUGACGUUGGGUUGUCAACAUUCGUCAUAUGUUGAACAGACUACUGAAUAAGAUGCAUCAUGAUCUUACACCAGCUGUUAUGUUAAUAACGUGUUUUCUCUCUUCCUUUUAAAACAGAACACCUCAGAUUAAAAUGUUCAUUCUGGUCCAAAGAGUUGGUUGAAUAAUGGACAGCUUACUUGAAUAAUGGACAGCUUACCACAGAAAACAUGGGUCACACAUAUUCAAAAUGUUCAAAUCUUUAUUGAUCAACAGAUACAGUACAUUAGUUAGAUCCUCUUACAGGCUGAUUUAAAUGCAUCAUUCACUUCAAGUUAUCAUUCCAUUAAAACAUAACAUUAACUGAUUGGAAUUUACAAAGACCCGUUCCACAAAUACUCAGUCAAACAAUGUGGAUCCCAUUGACAAACUUGAUCAGAUACAUUUGACACAUCAUCCCAUAGUAAUUGAUUGACACAUGGCCAUCAAAUAAGCAGCUGAAUUAAUCAAACGUUAUCCAAAAGGUCAUUUUAAAAACCUGACGAUGCAGUAGUGCAAAUGUGGUGGCAAGUCUACAAGCUGGUUCCCAUGGCGACGACGUCCUGAGGCAGCCCCGCCAUUUUGAGCGUUGUGAAGGAGCCCAGUUUAGAGUAGAAGUCAAACAUCCUCCUGUCACCCUGCCUCAGCUCACAGAACACACCUCUGGAACCUGUAGGAGAGAGAGAUUCUGAUAACUACAGUCAAAUGACAAGAAUGUGAGGAACAAACUGAACGAUGCACCUCAAUCUGAAUAUAGAUGUGUGUUAGUUCUGAUAAUCCAGUCCUAUGCCAUCAGGGAGAGAAGCACCAUCUGGCAUAGACACAUCUGAUCCAUUUCUUGAUCAGUAACUGAGUCCUACUUUAUAUUGUGUCAAUUCCCCACCUCUAAAGCAAAAGCUGAAAGUGCUUGAACCCCGGUCUGAUUACUAAUGGGUCAAGGGUAUUGUUGAACCCUGACAUCACGCUGCAUAGCAGCCAUGACACUAAGCCAGGGUUCUCCAACCCUGUUCCUGGAGAGAUACCCUCCUGUAGGUUCACUCCAACCCUGUUCCAGGAGAGCUACCCUCCUGUAGGUUCACUCCAACCCUAAUCUAGUGCACCUGAUUCUAAUAAUUAGCUAGUUGAUCAGCUUAGUUACAACUGGGGUUGGAGUGAACACCUCCAGGAACAGGGUUGGAGUGAACACCUCCAGGAGGGUAUCUCUCCAGGAACAGGGUUGGAGUGAACCUCCAGGAGGGUAUCUCUCCAGGAACAGGGUUGGAGUGAACCUACAGGAGGGUAGCUCUCCAGGAACAGGGUUGGAGAGUCCUGCUCUAGGCUCAGUCCAACAGUGACCAGAAACCCACUGUGCAGGUGCACCAUAAUAUACAAGUUAACAACUCACCACUGGUUUUCAUCAACGAGAGCAGGCUGCCAAUCAUACGCCUGGCGGGGGCGGGGUCUGUAACCCGGGGGUGGAGCUGCAUGGUUACCAAGGAAGGGAAGUCCCCUGGCAACGUCCUCUACAAGACGGAUGGGGGGAGAGGGAGAAAAGAUUAAAUCGUAUUUUCAGAGUCAAUGAACUCCAUACAAAACAUAUGAAGUAAUACAGAGAGACAGAACUACAACCAUAUAGAAUAAUGUUGGGGUCAAUGAUUCCUAUCAAGACCAAGUCAUAUUCCAGUGUGUGAUUGUCCCGUUGGAACCUAGCGGUUACCUGGUUGUUCAGUGCAGCUGCUGUGGCGUCAGUGAGGCCCAGGGCGUACCCACACACCCCCCUCUCAUCCUCCAGAACCAGACCACAGUUUGGGGAGGGGGACAGCUGCCCUCCUGCUAGCCUGGGGAGGGCGAGAGGUACACUGGGACAUUACAUACUGGACGUCUAAGACUGAAGGCACAGUCACUUACUGAAGCACAAAAACUACUGGCUGAUCAGACUGUCCAGAGUGGAUCAUGGGAGUCAUGCUGUACACACACUCUCACCCAUCACUGAUCAGAGCAGGUAGUGCUGCUGCAGGUGCCUUGGCCUCUCCUCUCUGCAUCUCCAUGUGGAUCUUCUGUAUCUCAGUCUGAAACAACAGAGAUGUUAUAAAGACAAAAUCAAUAAAGAUGUCAGCUAGCCGA